CGGAAGUGCAAAAACGCAAUUCCGGACAUGGCGAGCCCUGGGUUGGAACUGCUUUUCUCCCUGUUUUCCUCGGAGAUUUCUCGCCCUACGGAUUCGCUGAUAUGUUUCAUCCAUUGGGAGUUGAUUUGCCGCGGCCUGCGGUGUUUGGGACGAGGGGAGGAGGCAGGAGCUCAGGAGACCGGAUCAGAGCGCCUCCCGGUUGGAUGGGCAGAGAAUAAGGACCUGUACACACUGUGUUAUGGGAGCCCAAAUUCACAGAUUCUGCUUAAAGCCUUGACAGUAGAGGGCACUGUAAUUGUGAAUAUCAUGGAUAUGCACACAGAGAAGGUUGCAGAUGUGACCCUGCAAGUGUCUCAGUUCAUUGACUCUGGCCACCUGCAGGAAUACGACAGGGUUUAUAAGAAUGCUGUGGAGCUGAAGGGCCUCCUAGAUAAGGAGCUGAUCUUGCCUGUGUUUGGCACUCUGAAGGAACCUGGCACCAAUACCUGGCCAGCGAGGGAGCAAGAACCACAGCAUGAUCCCCUACGUGUCCCACCCAGGCACCUACCAUCCCGGCUCCCUGCCUGGACUGACCCACAUGGGCAUCCCCCAUACGGAGCUGCAGACCUGGAUCCUUUGGGGGGGCAUUCUGGAGGCAUGGUCUUUGAUCCAUUCCGGGGCCAAUGCACACAGCCAAGAAUUGAUCCCUUACAUGGCCUCCCACCUGGAGCAGUGCCACCUGGUGCCCGAUUUGACCCAUUUGGUCCGAUAGGUUCAGGUCGCCCAAGGCCAGACCCUGACCAUCUCCCGCCCCCUGGAUAUGAUGAUAUGUUCUUGUGAUAACCAGCUGUGCCUCCUUAGUGAGCCUCUACCAUGAGAUUUUUGCACUGUUACCUUUUUUGGCCAAAACUGUGAUAGCAGUGUCCCCUGUCUUUCUAGCUUUGCACCUUUUCCCUUAUACUGCCCCAGAACUGUCUGUGAUAUUGCAGUGCCCUCUUCUGUCUUUCCAGAGCACUGCACCUUUUCCAUUGCACUGCCCUGGAAAUCUAUGUGUGAGAUAGCAGCACCCGCUGUGUCUUUCCAGAGCAUUGCAGCUUAUCCCUUGCACUUAAUAAUUGUAGUGUAUUGUACCUCUUGCCCUGCAGCCUCAACACAGAGCUCAGAAAAGAUAGUUCCGUUCCCUUGCACUGACUGUGAGUGCAAGGAGCAGCCUCUUGUACAGAAACUCCCAAACUCUAUUUGUGUUCUUCUCCUUUAUUAUAAAUAAAUACAGUGAGACACA